AUGGGCUGGUAUAAGUUGAAAGAGAUAAUUGCCACCAAAUGUCAUCGCUCUAGCACUUUACGCCAGAUGGAACUCGAGCAUGAAGAACGAAAGUUCGCUCUUGUGACGCCAAAGAAUAUUGCGCCGCGACGGCGACGGCGGCGACCGAGAUAUAAUAAGGACGUACAGGGGGUACGCUUUACGAGACAUUUGACUAUUGGCCGUGAUCUCAUCGGCGUGCCAGAGUUUCAUGAGGAUGAAGAAGAAUCCGUGGCUGAGGAGAAUAAUAAAGGCUCCCGACUCAAAUCUAUGCUAAAGACCAUUUCAGCUUCCGCAGCAAAUAGAUUCCGGAUUCGCACAACUACAACUACGUCUCCUAAUCCUAAGCCACCAACAACUCCGGAGCUUAGCCAACUCAUCCUAAACCCCCAAGUCACCUACGAACAAGAUGGCCAUAGCAGACUCAUGGCUCUGCCCUGGGAAGUCCGUCAACAAAUCUACCACGAGACUAUCGGGGGAUAUCUCAUGCAAAUUAGGUUUGAGGAUGCUUACAGGAAAAUGACCCAUUCGCGAUGCAAGCACACGGAUAUUCGCACCUGCGAGCGAGCUGGGUGUAAGACGUCGAAUAAUAAGCAGCGGGGGGCUCCGGAUCAAUGGGGCCAAGUUAAUUUGUUGGCUAUUUUGCAGACUUGUCGUGUAAUGUGA